AUGCCUGCACACAGUUCUUCUACAGAGGAAAUGGAUGUGGACCCCGACGUACGUUCGCUGUCUGCCUCUCCAGAUCCAACCGCAGAUUCGCCGCCCAGAACGUUCAACAAAUCUGGGACGCUAAAUGACUCCGGCACCUUCAACGACUACGAAAAUGUUCACAUCAAGAGCGAAAGGACAUCGUCGCGAAACUCUUGCCUCGAAGUGUCUCCGAAAACGGAGAAUGACGUCCUGACAACGCCACCGGCGCCGCCGCCGCCACCACCGCCGCCGCCGCCACAUCCGGUGGCCACGAUGCCGCCAGCUGCGUCUGUGACGUCAACGAAAUGCGAAAUUCUGCGUCUAGUGAAGAGUGCCGGUGAUGAGUUGCAGGUCUGCUGUACGAUUCCCCUGGCCAAAGGGAGCUGCCUUGGACCAUUUUGCGGAGACGUAACAGAUGAAGAGGCAGCAGACACACUGCUAGAAUUUACUGAAGACAAUGGAAAUACAGUAUAUGUGAGGUUAUUAGAAGAAUCUGCUUCUUGGCUGAAAUUACUUUCAAAACCAGAAGAAACACCAAAGAAUUGCAUUGUCUUCUAUGAGGUCGCUUUUACAUAUCUGUUCUUUUCUCUCCCUUUCUUCAUCUCUCCUUCAUAUUUUUCUUUUGAUUUUCUUCUUCCCGCUUUCUUUCCCACUAAUUCUUCUAGCUUUUCUUCUCUUUUUUUUAUCUCUCCACUUCCUGACCUGCUCUCCCUAUCUUUCUGUCUUCUUCCAUCUUUCUGUGUGUCUCAUUUUAUCUCUCAUUCUCUGUCUUCUUCUAUCUCCCACUCACUCUCAAUUUGUUUCCCCGUCCACUUCAUUCUCUUUUCCCCCCUAGCUUGUUAUCUCUCUAUCUCCUCUCUUUUCAUCUCACACUUUCUCUUUCAUCACCUACCUCUCUUUCUUUUCUCUCUCUCUCUCUCUCUCUCUCUCCUCUUACCUCUCGCUCAUUCUCUCUGCCUUCACUUAUUUCUUAUUCACUCAGUCUCUAUCUUCUUUAAUUUUUUCUCCCUCUCCCUGUUUUCACCUACUCUUUUUCUCUGUCUUCUUUCACCUAUCACUCACAUACACACAUUCUCCCUCUUCAUGUACCUAUCAUUUCCCCUCGCUUAUCGCUCUCUGUCUUCCCGCCUACUUAUCAAUCUCUCUCUCUUUCUCUCUCUCUCUCUCUCCUACUUCACCCUUUCUUCCUCUCUCUAUAAUAAUAAAGAAUUUUGUAUUUCGAAUAAUUAUCAUUUCUUCCCUUCCUUUCCUUCCUCCCUUCGUUCCUUCCUUUCCUUACCUUUCCUUCCUUCCUUCCUUUUCUUCCCUCCUUUCCUUCUUUCCCUUCCUUCUCUUCCUUUCUUCCCCCCUCUUUCCUUCCCUCCCCUCCUUUCUUUCUUUCCUCUCUUCCUUCUCUUCCUUCCUUCCUUCCUUCCUUCCUUCCUUCCUUCCUUACCUUUCUUCCCCUUCUUUUUUUUUUUUCCUCCCUUCCUUCUCUUCCUUUCCUUCCUUCCUUUUCUUCCCUCCCUUCUUUCCUUCUUUCACUUCCUUUCUUCUCUUCAUUCCAUUCCUUCCUUCCUUCCUUCCUUCCUUCCUUCCUUCCUUCUCUUCAUUCCUUCCCUUCCUUCCUUCACCCCGUCUUUCUUUCCUUCCUUCCUUCCUUUCCUUCCAUUCCUUUCUUCCCUCCCCUUCGUUCCUUCGUUCCUUCCUUUCCUUUCUUUUCCUUCCUUCCUUUCCUUUCUUUUCCUUCCUUCCUUUCCUUUCUUCCUUUUCUUCCCUCCCUUUUUCCUUCUUUCACUUCCCUCCCUCUCCUUCCUUCUCUUCCUUCCUUCCUUUCCUUCCUUCCCUCCCUCCCUUCUUUCCUUCCUUCCUUCCUUCCUUCCUUUCCUUCUCUUUCUUUCUUCCCUCCCCUUCUUUCCUUCCCUACCCUUCUUUCUUUCUUUCUUUCUUUCUUUCUUUCUUUUUUUUUCUUUCUUUUCUUUCUUUCUUUCUUUCCUCCUUUCCUUCUCUUCCUUUCCUUCCUUCCUUUUCUUCCCCUCCCUUCUUUCCUUCACUUCCUUUUUCUCUUCAUUCCUUCCUUUCCUUCCCUCCCUCUGUUCUUUCCUUCCUUUUCUUCCUUCCUUCCCUUCUUUCCUUCCUUCCCUUCCUUCUUUCCUUCCUUCUCUUCCUUUCCUUCCCUCCCUGCCUUUUUCCCUUCCUUCCUUCCUUCCUUUCAUCCCUUCCUCCCUUACUUCCUUUCCUUUGCUCCCGUCCUCUCUUCUUUUCCUUCCUUUCCUUCCUUCCCUCCCUUUUUUCCUUCCUUCUUUCCCUUUUCUUCCUUCCUUUCCUUCCGUCCCUCCCUCCUUCCCUUCUUUCCUUUCCUUCCUUCUUUUCUAA